AUGGACUACAACGGAGUCCGACGCAAGGACACCACCAAGGGUCCGCCUUUGCGCAUCCUCUCGCUUGAUGGAGGAGGCGUCCGUGGCUACUCGAUGCUCAUCAUCAUUCAGGAGAUUAUGCAUCGAACCUUUGUCGAGACCGAAGGCCGUGCCCCCCGUCGUCAUGAGAUUCCCAAACCGUGCGAUCACUUCGACCUGAUCGUCGGCACCGGCACCGGCGGCCUCAUCGCCCUCAUGCUCGGUCGUUUGCGCCUCGACUUGGAGACGUGCAAGGAGCUUUACGUCCGCCUGACGCGCAUGGUUUUUGAGACGGACAAGACCAUUGCCGGCAUACCAUACCGCUCCACCCUCUUCAAGGCGAGCCGUCUGGAGGAGGCCAUCAAGCAGUGCGUCGGAGAACACACCGUCUUUGAGAAAGAAGGCAACGACGGCGAUGACGACGACGAAUUCGAAGCCGUGAAUCCUCUCAACCCCGCCCAGCACUCGAGCGCAUACCCGACACGGCACGCGAGCAACGCGAGCACCAUCAGCUUCAGCGCCAGAAGCCCUGCGGCCCAAAUGGCAGCCAGACCUGCCUUCAACCCGAGAAGGGGAAACCCGAACGCGCGGCUGUACGAUGAGCGGGAGACCAGGACCAAGACUGCCGUGACGGGAGUCUACAGGGGAUCCCCUCGAGGCGCUCCGCCUGCGAUGCUGCGAUCGUACGAUUCCCGUCGUGAGCCGCCGCCCGAGUUCGACUGCAAGAUAUGGCAGGCCGGGCGAGCGACGUGCGCCAUCGGACUCGCCUUCAAGCCCAUCCAAAUCGGCCAGUCCUGGUUCCACGACGACGGCGUCGGCACCUUCAACCCCGCCCCGGAGGCUCUGGACGAAGCGGUCGUCAACGAGUGGCCGGGUCGAGACGUCGGCGUCUUCGUGAGCGUCGGGACCGGUCGUCGACCCAAAUCGAGCGACGCCAACCAGCAGAUGUGGUACGAAGGCUUUCUCGGGGACUACGCCGAAGCCCGAAGGAGAUUGAUCGCCAAGAUUGAGCGGUGCGAGGAGAUUCACGGCAUGAUGCUACGCGAGCGCCUGUCCAAGCGGGGAGUCAACCCGGAAAGCUACUAUCGGCUCAACGUCGAGAUCGGAGUUGGCGAGUUUGGAAUGAACGAGUGGCACAGGCUCGCAGACAUCAGCACCGGCACCCGGCGGUACAUGGCCCGCGAAUUGGAGCAACAGAUGAUUCAUGGCAUCUCCACCAAACUCGCCAAGAUCCUGAAGGCCAAGCUUCGCUGGGAGCGGGCGGAGCGGGGGAUUCCGGAUCUCGUCAAGACGACGUUGACAAACAACCUAGAGAUGCCCCUCGCCGUCGAGCUGCCGGGCGACAUGCCGACCUCGUUCGCGCCCCGCAGCCCUCUGAGCCGGUCGUCGUUCGAAUCCGGCUCGGAGAGUUUACAGGUGGGAAAGACGCAGCCAGUGUCACCUCGAAGCUCUCACGAUCGGAUCGGCCCCGACAUGGACCGGCCGCUGCCACCGCGUCCGAUUAGCGAAACCUCGGCGGCGUACGUGGAGGAACCGGACCGACUGCACUUUCCGUCCCCGACGCCGUUGCAGUACCGACACGCAUCGGGCGCCGACAAGAUCGCCAUCAUGAGCGCCGACGAGCAUCCCCGGCCGCCGCCUCGGCAGCAGCCGCUGCCUCCUCCUGUGCCUCCCAAGACGCCGCUCCCCGACAGCGAGCGUCACUUUCAGCAGCAUGUGGGCGGCAGGGGGCACAGGAUGCCCACGCCGCCGUAUCCCUUGGACGACGAGCCGCCGCCGCCACCGGUGAACAUGGCACGAAAGCCGGACUACCGGGGCAGGUGA